CCACAAUCCAACAAACAGAAAAUUACCACCACUCAGAUCAGAUAUUUUUCAUAAGUUGUCCUAUUAUCAGUUUUACACCACUAAGACUAUCAUGGCUGAAGAGAAGCACCACCACCACCCCUUCCACCACCACAAGGAACAGACGGCUGCCGAAGCCGUUGGCUACUCCGACACCACCUACUCUGGAGGCUACGGUGGAGAGCCAGCACAUGAUUAUGAGAAAGAAAGAAAGCACCACAAGCACCUUGAGCAACUUGGUGAACUCGGUGCUGUCGCUGCUGGCGCCUAUGCCUUGCAUGAGAAGCACAAGUCCAAGAAAGAUCCUGAGCAUGCCCACAAGCACAAGAUAGAAGAAGAGAUUGCUGCAGUAGCUGCAGUGGGUGCCGGUGGAUUUGCGUUCCAUGAGCAUCACGAGAAGAAGGAUGCCAAGAAAGAAGAGAAAAAGGCUGAGGGAAAGCACCACCACCACCUAUUUUAGUUUAACCACUCUGAUUUUCAUUAAUCCUUGGGUGGUCUUUUUAAUAUUGUUCCCUUGUGUAUCUUCCAGUAUUGAGCUCGUACUGCCAAUAAUCAUGUUUAAUAAUCUGUUAC